UUAAUGAUCGGUUGCUGCAGCAGACAAACAGUCGCCCGCUCCAACAUUAAACUCUCCCUCUCUGGACCGUGUAACGCAGUCCAACACGGGCUCCUUCUCUUUCAUGAGCCGCUGAAACAGACGGAGCCCGAACCCAGACGGGAAUGUCUUUUCCUUCUUUUUGUUCCCUCUCCGUCUUUCACCAGGACAAGUUAAGUAGUUGCAACUCGUUAACGCAUGCGUGUACUUAAAAAAAAAACAAAAAAAACAUUGAAUGUAUGGGAACUCAGAUGCUGCGCUGAAUGAGAAGAGGAGUUCUAUGAGCCUUGACCAAAACCAUCAACAAAAACAUUUUUUCCCUGGGUAWAUUUUGCGCUAUUUUGUAGUUUUCAGUCAGGAUCUGUUGUAUAUGCUUCCUUCUCUUUAAGCACCCCCCACCUGUCUUACCAGCUUUCAGACCGGUGUAUAAGUAGUAGCCCACAGAUUCCCUUCGCAGAGACGCCUGUUUAUCAGAUUUCUUUGCCUCAKAGCUGUACUUCAGCAGAGAUGGACAAGCACAAUGCGCCMAACCUGACGGGAUAAAACAUCCCUGCUGGUCCCUGUCAAAACAACUGAGGCACCUUCAACUUCAAGAACCUAAAGAAUUCAUUUUUUCUUUGCCUCCCAUCUUCCUGAGGUAAACUUUUCUUCUCCGCGGCGCUCCUCCUGGUUCCCUUCCCCUCUCUGGGUGAAAUCACAGCGGGAUUUCUAUGAAGCGACGCCUCGGGUGACUAGACUUUGUUGGGGAUUUUGCUCUGCUUCCAGAGGGACAUCAUGUGGACUCCCACGGAAGACGAGAAAAUCGGUGUUGUCAUCUGUAAUUUCCGAGGCUCAGUGACUCAGGGUUUGGCUCUGGAGGUGGGGGAGACAGUGCAGAUCUUGGAAAAAUUUGAAGGAUGGUACAGAGGAUUCUCAACAAGGAAGCCGAACGUCAAGGGAGUUUUUCCUGCCAGCUACAUUCACUUGAAGAAAGCUAUUGUUACCAACAGAGGACCUCAUGAGACUGUGGUGCCUCUGGAAGAUCCAAUUGUUACUGAGGUGACGUUAACUCUUCAGGAAUGGGCUUUACUAUGGAAGCAACUCUAUGUGAAACACAAAGUGGAUCUGUUCUACAAGGUCCGACACGUUAUGAUGGAGCUGAUCGACUUGAGGAGGCAGCUGCUGUCCGGCCACCUCACACAGGACCAGAGCAGAGACGUCAAGAGACACAUCACCGUCAGACUCGACUGGGGCAACGAACACUUGGGUCUGGACUUGGUCCCAAGGAAGGAAUUUGAGAUGGUUGAUGAAGACCAGAUAAGUGUCUCGGAUUUGUAUAAAAUGCAUCUGUCCAGCAGACACAGCGUCCAGCAGAGCACCACACAGGGUGAGAAUAGCCGGCAGAGACACGGAGAACCAUGCAGGGUUCCGGUACCACACCACCUACUGGUCAACCUGAAGAGCUUCACCUACAACAGCAUAGGAGAGGACACAGACAUAUUGUUCUCUCUCUAUGAUCUGAGGGAGGGAAAGACCAUCAGCGAGAAGUUCAUGGUGAGAUUAAACAAGAACGGAGGACCAAAGAAUCCAGAGAAGGUGGACCGGCUGUGUGCGCUGUUCACGGAUCUGAGCAACAAAGACAUGAAGAGAGAACUCUACAUCGUCUCACAAGUUAUUCGAACAGGCCGCAUGCUGCUGAAUGACAGUAAGAAAGGCCCGCCACAUAUCCAGUAUCGCAGACCGUACGGCUGCGCUGUUCUGGCCAUGAGCGACGUGCUGCAGAUCAUCUCAGAACUCAAAGAGGAGAAAGACUUUGUUCUUAAAGUCUACACGUGUAACAAUGAGAACGAAUGGUAUCAGAUCCAUGAAAACAUCAUCCGGAAGUCAAGCACCAAAUACACAGCGCCCAGCACCAACUACGGACUGAUCAUCUCCCUGCAGCUGCUCAGAGGUGACAUGGAGCAGGUCCGCAGAGAAAACCCUCUCAUUUUUAGCAGGGGGGUAGCCAUCACUCGGAAACUGGGAUUCCCAGAUGUCAUCAUGCCAGGUGACRUCCGUAAUGACCUGUACCUGACUCUGGAGCGAGGAGACUUCGAGAGRGGAGGGAAGAGUGUUCAGAAAAACAUCGAAGUGACCAUGUAUGUCAUCUACGCAGACGGRGAAGUGCUGAAGGACUGCAUCAGUCUGGGUUCAGGGGAGCCCAACAUCCCAGAGUAUCGCUCCUUCGUCCUCUACCACAACAACAGCCCUCGCUGGAGUGAAGUGAUCAAGCUGCCGAUUCCCAUCGAUCGUUUCAGAGGCUCCCACCUCCGCUUCGAGUUCAGACAUUGCUCAACAAAAGAUAAAGGAGAGAAAAAACUUUAUGGCUUUGCCUUCACGCCUCUGAUGAGAGAGGAUGGAACUACAUUAUCUGACGAGAGCCAUGAGCUGUAUGUCUACAAGUGUGAUGAGAACACAACCUUCAGCAACCACGCCCUCUAUCUUGGCCUUCCAUGCUGUAAGGACGACUUCAACAGCUGCCCCAACAUCCCGUCCAGCCUCAUCUUCCAGCGMAGCACCAAGGAGACAUUCUGGAUCGCCACGCAGCUUUCCUCCACCAAACUCACUCAGAACGUGGACCUCCUGGCUCUCCUUAAGUGGAAGGCCCAUCCUGACCGGGUCAUGGACAUCCUUGGGCGUCUGCGACACGUCAGUGGUGAAGAAAUAGUCAAGUUUCUUCAGGAUAUUUUGGACACAUUAUUCUCCAUCUUGGAUGACAACACAGACAAAUAUGGACCCCUUGUGUUCCAGUCAUUGGUUUUUAUCAUUAACUUGCUCAGGGACAGUAAAUACUACCACUUCAGGCCAGUGAUGGACACAUAUAUCCAGAAACACUUUGCAGGAGCUCUGGCCUACAAAGAGCUGAUUCGCUGUCUGAAGUGGUACAUGGACCGCUCCGCUGAGGUGGUCAGACAGGACCACAUUCAGGAAGCAAUGAGGGCUCUGGARUAUCUGUUCAAGUUCAUCAUCCAGUCUCGGAUCCUUUACUCSCGGGCCACCUGYGGGAUGGAGGAGGAACAGUUUCGAACCAGCAUCCAGGAACUCUUUCAGUCCAUCCGCUUCGUCCUCAGCCUGGACAGCCGCAACUCGGAGACCCUCAUAUUCACUCAGGGCUCCCAGCCUUGCUCCGGCCCCAAUCAGACUCCAGGCCCCUGCGUUGGGCCUGUGGGCCCCUUAGCUCUAGUCUCUGCCCUGGGCCAGAUCCAGGCCCCUGUCCCAGGGCAGGUUCCUGGUGGCGGGCCAUCUAGCUGCUCUCAGGCGUGGAGCUCCAACGCUCUGCGGCCGCCUUCGCUGUCAGCGGCGCUGUUAAACUCUUUCCCUGCCAUCUUUGAYGAGCUGCUGCAGAUGUUCACGGUGCAGGAGGUGGCAGAGUUUGUGCGUGGGACCUUGGGCAGCAUGCCAUCAACGGUGCAUAUUGGACAAUCGAUGGACGUGGUGAAGCUGCAGUCCAUCGCUCGAACUGUGGACAGCAGGCUCUUCUCUUUCCCUGAGUCUCGGAGGAUUCUGCUCCCAGUCGUCCUGCAUCACAUCCAUCUUCAUCUGAGGCAACAGAAAGAGCUGCUCAUCUGUUCAGGGAUACUCGGCUCCAUUUUCUCCAUUAUCAAGAGCAGCUCACUGGACACGUCGGUGCAGGAAGAGGUGGAGAUGAUGGUGGAAUCUCUUUUGGACGUYCUCCUGCAGACACUUYUGUCCAUCAUGAGCAAGAGCCAAUCGCAGGAGGCGGUAAGGGGUCAACGCUGUCCGCAGUGCACCGCGGAGAUCACUGGAGAGUACGUCUCGUGCCUCCUCUCACUUCUCCGCCAGAUGACUGAUAUCCACUUUCAACACUUGAUGGAGAAUUUUCAGAGCAAGGACGAGCUCAAGGAGUUUUUGUUGAAGAUUUUGUGUGUGUUUAGAAAUCUGAUGAAGCUCAGUAUUUUUCCUCGCGACUGGAACAUCAUGAGGCUGCUCACCAGCAACAUCAUCCUCACCACAGCUCAGCAACUCGCUCCUGCUCUGCACAAGAACUUUGCUGAAACAGACUUUGACUUCAAGGUGUGGAACUCCUACUUCAGCUUGGCUGUUCUCUACAUCAACCAGCCGAGUUUACAGCUGGAGAACCUGAGUCCUGCUAAGAGGAGGAAGAUCUUAGACAAAUAUGGAGACAUGAGGGUUAUGAUGACCUAUGAACUUUUCAACUUGUGGCAAAACUUGGGGGAGAAUAAGAUCCAUUUCAUUCCUGGGAUGAUCGGACCAUUCCUCGGAGUGACGCUGGUCCCUCAGGUGGAGGUGAGGAACAUCAUGAUCCCGAUCUUUCACGACAUGAUGGACUGGGAGCAGCGCAAAAAUGGAAACUUCAAACAGGUGGAAGCUGAACUAAUUGACAAGUUGGACAGUUUGGUGUCGGAGGGAAAGGGCGAUGAGAACUACAGAGAGCUGUUCGGGUUGCUAACCCAGCUGUUUGGGCCCUAUCCCAGUCUGUUGGAGAAGAUUGAGCAGGAGACGUGGAGAGAGACAGGAAUCUCAUUUGUUACAUCGGUCACACGGUUAAUGGAGCGACUGCUGGACUACAGGGACUGUAUGAAAGGAGAUGAAACAGAAAACAAGAAGAUUGGCUGCACAGUGAACCUUCUUAAUUUCUACAAGUCUGAAAUCAACAAAGAGGAGAUGUACAUCCGUUACAUCCACAAGCUGUGUGACAUGCAUCUGCAGGCUGAGAACUACACUGAGGCUGCAUUCACCCUGCUGUUGUACUGGGAGCUGCUGCACUGGGACGAGCGACCAGUUAAAGAGUUCCUGCAUUAUCCUGCUCAGACUGAGUGGCACCGGAAGGAAGGACUCUGCCGCAAAGUCGUCCACUAUUUCAACAAGGGAAAGUGUUGGGAGUACGGUAUUCCUCUGUGCAGAGAACUGGCCUUCCAGUAUGAGUCUCUCUACGACUACCAGAGUCUCAGCUGGAUACGGAAAAUGGAAGCAGCAUAUUACGACAACAUCAUGGAGCAGCAGCGUCUGGAGCCGGAGUUCUUCAGGGUGGGAUUCUACGGCAGGAAGUUUCCUUUCUUCCUCCGAAACAAAGAGUUUGUCUGCCGUGGCCAUGACUAUGAGAGGCUAGAAGCCUUUCAGCAAAGGAUGCUGGGAGAAUUCCCACAAGCUAUUGCAAUGCAGCACCCAAAUCAGCCAGAUGAGGCCAUUCUGCAGUGUGAUGCACAAUACCUCCAGAUCUACGCCGUGACACCGGUUCCAGAAAGUGUCACCGUCCUUCAGAUGGACAGAGUUCCAGACCGCAUCAAGAGCUUCUACCGGGUGAACAACGUUCUGCGAUUUCGUUACGACCGACCGUUCCACAAAGGACCCAAAGACAGAGAUAAUGAGUUUAAGAGUCUCUGGAUUGAAAGGACGACUCUGAUCCUCACUCAUCCUCUGCCUGGAAUUUCACGCUGGUUUGAGGUUGACAAGCGAGAACUGGUGGAGGUGAGUCCGCUGGAAAACGGCGUCUCUGUGGUGGAAAAUAAGAACCAGGAGCUGCGGACUCUGAUCAGUCAGUACCAACACAAGCAGCUGCAUGGGAACAUCAACCUGCUCAGCAUGACGCUGAACGGAGUCAUCGACGCCGCCGUGAACGGAGGCAUCGCCAGAUAUCAAGAGGCUUUCUUUGAUAAGGAGUACAUCACCAGCCACCCUGAAGACACAGAGAAGAUCACACAACUCAAAGACCUCAUGCAGGAGCAGUUUUCAUUUUUCACUUGCAUGAAUAUUUUGUGCUCUUUUUGCCUGCGUUUUUGUUGUUCUGCAAUCUGCAUGGCUCCUCUCUCUUUCAUCUGUUUUCCUCUUCCUUCCGAUUAUUCCAAAUUCAAUUCCUCUUUUAUUAAUUUUAUUUACAAUAUUCCUGGUUUUCCCUCUCCCAGUCCCAUUGCUGUUUUGACUCCAGUUCGCAUUUCCUCCCCUUCUCUCUCCUCCAACUCCAGUGAGGCAGGAAACCUGCUGAUCCUGGCGGACGGCAUGGUGGUGGAGCAUCCAGAGGAUUUCUAUCGCAUGCAGGCCAGUCCCUCCUCUUCCAGUCUUAGCUCCACCCACUCUGCUCCRUCUCAGAUGAUAAACUCCACCCCGUCCACAAUGAGAGUGGGUUCUCCUUCUCUGCCAGACAAAUACAGACACAACAGAGAGAUGCUGAUGCUGCUGCCUGUGGAUCUUUCAGUCAGUCCUGCUGUGUCUCCCCCUGUAGGGCAACUCCUGUCGAUGCACUUUGAUGCUUUCCACCACCAGGUCAGCGACCUCCCUCCAGCUCUCCCUGCGCGCUCCUUAAGAAAGUCUCCCCUGCACCCUAUACCUGCCUCGCCCACCAGUCCACAGUCCGUCCUGGAUGGCAGUAACUCSACRCUCUCKGGCAGCGCCAGCUCGGGGGUCUCCUCCCUCAGUGAGAGCAACUUUGGYGGCGCCACCUCCUCCUCAGACCCCCCGGCCAGCCGCACAGACACCCUGGAGUCSGUCCCCAGCAGCCAGGCCUGGACCACCGACCAGGAAGACUUGGACUCUCCCUAUCAGCCCGUCAGAUACAGCAUGUCUGAGCCAGACGUCCUGGAGGGAGUUAAAUCUCCGCCCUGCCGCAGCAACUCGGCCCCAGGAGGAGUCAACCCGGCCCAGGUGGGCUACCAGAUCCAGCCUCAGGCUGCAGGGUUGGGCUGCACUGGAGCUCCACAACCGGAUGGGCUGCAGCAGCAGCAACACCAGUUUUACCACCACCACUUCCACCCUCACUACAUCCCCCACAAUCCACCUCUCUACCAUCUCCAUGAGCCCCCUCCUGCCCUGCCGCCUAAACCGUACCUCAGAGAGGGCUGCAUCCCUGAGGAGGACCCCCUGAUGGCCCAGUCCGGACCGCCGCGCCCGGCUGUACCUCGGCCGAUGCCACGCAAGAUCUCCCAGCCCAUAAUAGCAGCAACCAAGGACGAACAAGCUAAGGUGGCGUGGGAGCACGGCAUCAGUGAGGAGUGAGACCCGGCGAUGGUUUGGAGAAACGGAACAAGAACUUCUUGUUGAAUAUAAACAUGAGAGCAGGAGCCGAACUGGAUCUGAAACAUUUAGAUUCUCCUCAGGCGUCCUGCCACUGAUGGCUCAGCUGAUCUGAUUUCUCUCAGACUCUGUCCUGCGCAGUGACUCGUCCUCAAUAUCUGAACUUUUUCUUUUCGUCUCACUUCAUCCCUGUACAAACUGAAAUGGCUUUCAUUCUAUAUCCAUCAGGAUAAAAAACCCUGUGACAUUUCCAAAUGCUGCCACUUCCUAAAACUGCACAGAUGUCAUGUUAUUAAUUUAGAAUAAUAAUAAACUCCAUUGUAAUGAUGGGAAUUUCCUGUACAAAAUUUGCACAGUAAUUGCAUUUUUUUUAUACCUUACUCUGACAAUGUUAAGUGAAUGGCACUUUAAGAAAGGGACAUGAAACCAUAAGAUUUAAGAGAAAUUUUACUUACAGUAUAUAAUAGACAAUAACAAAAUGCAAACAGUUUUGCAGAGACAGAUGAAAAAUUACAACAUUUAAAGAUUCAAUUCUUAGAUCAACGAGCCCAACAAUCUGAAUCAGWAAUUGAUCUGGUACAUUUAAUGAUGAGGGUCUUGAUGGAAAUGAAAGGUAUUUUUCCAGUUAAGAGUGUUAAAAUUAAAGGGUAUAUAAAGUUAUUAAAUAUAUAAUUUAUAUUUAAAGUUUGUACUUUUGUUUAAAGGUGAAGUUGAUGUAGAAAUAUGCAAGAUGUUGGGUUUCCAAAGUAGCUGUUUGAUAAACAUGUUUGAAAGGUGGAGAAAAGCUCCACAAACGCACAGACUGUAAAUUUAAAGUUGUAAAACCUGUUUUACUGAAAGCUGUGAGGAUGAAGUGGAUUUGUUUUGUUUUAGCUAAAGAUGGUUCUGAAGUUAAACUUGUAAAUAUGCGUCUAGUUUCAUGUGCAGGGACAUUUAUAGAGAAUAUUAGCURCAAUGACGAUGAAUACACACUUUGUCAUUUUUAUGAAAAUAACUGGGUCUUUUUUUAAAAUCAGUUUAAUGUUUGUAUGCAUGUUUGUUUUCUGACAUCUGAAACUGGAACAGAGAUAAAUACCUUAAAAUGCUGAUGCUCCUGUUCAGGAAAUGCAAYCAUUAAAGUCAGUAUUUGUUUCUGCUGAUAAAUGAUCUUGUUUGCUUACAUUUKUGUUUGUUACAUAAGAAAUGACCUGAGAACAGCUUGUUUCACCUGGUUUUACUUUAAGUUGCACAUCUUAACCAUUUUUUGCCUGAUGCUGGAUCAUAUUUUUCCUACCAUUUGAGUUGAAUCAGACCUGUCAAUGAUGUUUUUACUUUCACUCAAUGCCACCAUCUCACUACUGUAAAUAGUUAAUUUUAACACAGAGAUGUUGUGAACAAAUAUCCUGUAUUUUAGGCUUUGCAGUUUAAGUUAAAGACUCCAGUGUUGGAAACAGAUCAGUAUGUUGUGUGACAGAUGUCGGUGGCUCUGCCAUCAGUUUUUAAAAUGUCCUGCUUCUGUUGCUGCUGUUUACACUGUAAAUGCUCCAGGAUCCUGCAUGUUGUGUUCACUGACUCAAACUCAAUGAAUUACAGUCAUAAUGACCAGUUUCA